AUGAUGGGCUACCCAGCAUUUCUUCGUGGCGCACCCCCGGUUGGCAUGUCCAUGCGUCGCUUCGACGAAUACUAUCGCUGUUACCCUGUUGUAAUGAUGAACGGUCCCGACCGGAAGAAUGUGAACUACGGCGGAAAGGUGUUUCUACCGCCAUCGGCGCUGGACAAAUUAACAAAACUGCACAUUGCAUAUCCUAUGUUGUUCGAACUCAUAAAUGGAAACGCCGUCAAGAGGACGCAUGCAGGUGUCCUAGAGUUCAUCGCUGAAGAGGGCAGGAUUUAUUUGCCGCAAUGGUUGAUGAACACUCUUGACCUUGACCCGGGUGACCUUGUACAGAUCAAGUCGACCGAUUUACCUCCAGGGAAAUUCAUCAAACUACAGCCUCAGUCACCUACAUUCCUCGAUAUCUCCGAUCCGCGAGCAGUGCUCGAGAAUGCCUUCCGAAACUUCUCCUGCCUCACCAAGGGUGACAUUUUUACUUUUGAAUACAACGACCAAACAUAUGACAUUGCUGUGUUGGAGAUAAAACCCGACACAGACUCCCAUGCUAUCGUAACGAUGGAAACGGAUCUAGAAGUCGAUUUCGCUCCUCCAGUCGGUUAUGUUCCUCCUGAGCGAACAAGCGGCACAAGUACUCCUAGAAGCGGCGCUGGGAAAGCCCAUGGAGGCCCGAUUCAUUUCCAAGGCACAAUGGCCCAGUCAAUCAACUAUGCAAGCAUAGCACCUUCGUCAAACACUGCUGCAGCGGGUGCUCGAGCAGUUUCCUCAAACUUCCUCUAUGGUGGCCACAAACUCAGCUCCAAAAAGGGCUCGAAAGCUCCGACACCGAAUGCGUCCACCCCUGUGGCAGGAGCGUCUACCAAUGUGCCAACACCCGCAAUUAUCAAGCGUGGUAAUGGACCUCAACCACUGAGACUUCCACCAGGAAAGCUGUUCUUCGGAUUCGAAGUGAAGCCGGUACGGAAGCGAAAUGAAGGCGAGGAGCCGGUCCCAGAUGACGAGGUCAAACCUCGGUUCCAGGGACAAGGGCAGACAUUGAGAGCAAAGAAGCGGCCUGCUGGAACGGACAGCGGCGCUGGCAGCGGAGUCAAUAGCGAUGCGGAAGGGAAGAGCAAAGGCAAGGCCGGGUCUGGGUCCGCAGCCAAAGGACGACGGCCAACGUAA